UACUAUUAAGAGCAAGAGAACAAUUGAUUCAAUGACGGCGAUUAGCGAUGCAGUAAUGUGGACGAGAGGCAAAACCAUCGGGAGAGGCAGUUUUGGCAUCGUCACUUUAGCAACGACAACAAACUCCUCCGUUGAUAUUCCAUCGACAAUCGCAAUAAAAUCUGCCUUGUUUUCGCGUUCAAAGUCGUUACAGAAAGAGAGAGAACUAUUACACGAGUUUCAAGAUUGUGAUCAGGUUAUUCGAUGUUUCGGAGCUGAUGUUACUGAAGAAGGUGGAAAGAUGUUGUACAACAUGUUGCUCGAGUACGCAUCUGGUGGAAGUUUAGCUGAUCGGAUUGGUCAAAAUUCGGGGCAAUGGUUGGGGGAUUUUGAGGUAAAGCAGUACGCGAAAUCGAUUCUGUUGGGGCUUAGUGAUAUUCAUGGAAGAGGUUUCGUUCACCUUGAUAUUAAACCGGAUAACAUUCUUCUUGUGGGUACCGAAAAAGUUGCCAAAAUUGCUGAUUUCGGGUUCGCGAAGAAGGUUGGAAAGAGUCAGAAAAGAAAGCGCGGACUCAAGGGCACGCGUAUGUAUAUGGCGCCAGAAUCAGUUCUUGAUAACGAGUACGGACCUGAAGCUGAUAUUUGGGCUUUCGGGUGCACUGUUUUCGAGAUGAUUACAGGGAAGACAGUUUGGGAUUGCAGUGAAGCUGACGAUAUUGUUUAUCUGUUAUGCAAAAUUGGAAUGGAAUCACCGGAUUUGCAGAACGAAAGAUUAUCAAAAGAGGCUGAAGAUUUUCUGAAAAAGUGUCUUGUUAAGGAGCCGAGAUCGCGAUGGACUGCUGAUAUGUUAUUGAAGCAUCCGUUUCUUUUAUCCGAUAAUGUUGUCGUUCGUGAGCAGACAAGAGAAAAGGAACUCAACCCACUUUUGUUUAUAGAAAUAGCAAGAGAAAGUGAUCCAUUGACCGAUGAUUUUUGCAAUAGUACAAAGCUGAAACCAAUGAAGCUAUUGAAUUGCAGAUCCAACAAAAGAAGAAAGCUACUAGAAGGAUGUUGAUUAUCAAUUUUGAUUAGAAUUAUACUAAUGUAAAGAACUACGUUUGGGCUUGAUCCCGAUAGGAGUUUAGUUGGGGGUACGUAGGCAGCCUGUAAUCAAGAAAAAGAUGAUCAGGUCCAGCCCCUUGUAUUAAACAAAAACAAUUGUGUGUUGGUUCUCUUUAUAAUUGAA